AUGUUGAGACGCACACUCACUCGUCUAAUGUCCCUCCAACACUCUCACUCCAUACCCAGCACAUCUUCCUCCUCCUCCUCCUCCUCCUCCUCCUCCUCCUCCUCCUCCUCCUCUUCCUCCUUCAGCAUCACCUCAACUUCAACCUCCUCUCCCUACUCAACUACCUCCUCGGACCUAACCCUCGAAACCCUUCGCAAAAUCACUCAAACUACGACCGUCCUCCCACCAGCCCCAACCUCCUGGCAAGAACCCUUCACGCCCUCCCCGCGCGUGGCAUCCUUUGCCGCGCAAAACAACCUCGCCUUCUCCAACGCGCUCCGCAUGUUCCCCGGCCAAAACGUGCAAUCCAUGCCCCUGCGCAUCUCCCUCUGCCCCAAACGCGCCUUCAACUUUUAUCAUCAGCGCUAUUUCGAGCAGUAUGAGCACCCCCUGACGGAAAAGACACUUCAUUUCUAUGAAGAGGAGAUGAAGAAAAAGCCUUUGUGGUGCUACGUGCACUGCUCGGGAGCGGAUGGGAGUAACACGGUAGUGCGGACGGCGGCGAGGCGAUAUUUGACGAAGGUGCUUGCGCAGGCGCUGGAGAGGGAGGGAUAUGAGUUGAGUGGGAGGAGUUUAAAGCCCGGGGAGAAGGAGUUGAGGGGGACGAUUCAGGUGGUUGUGACGGAGGGGAAAACGCUCUUGAAUAUGGAUGGGAAGAAGCUAGAGGAGUAUGUGGGUUUGUUGGUGAGGAAGGAUAUCGUGCCGCGGCUGUCGGGGAGGUUACAUCAGAUGAAUCAAGAGUAUGAGAGGGGAAAGAGGCAGCAACCGCGAGACCGACAGAGGAGCCAGCAGAGAGGGAACAGGCCGCAGCGGUAA